AUGCUUGGGGAACAAACACAAAACAAAGGGGAGGUUCAGAAUUGUAAUAGUAGACAAGCAGCAACGACUAGUCAACAACAAAAUGAUACCUCAUCAAUCAACACUCCAAACACCCCAAAUACCCAACAAAAACAACGAAAUGACUCCAAACCUCAAGGCAUUGUAUACCCCCAAACAAAUAUAUUUAACAAUCAACAAAAUCAUUCUUCACAACAACAAAACUCUUUUUGUGGGACUUACGGUACAGCGGCUGCUCUUCAUUUUAAUCCUUUUGUGUCUCCUUUUGCUACUAAUAAUAACGGAAUUAUAGACACCCGUUUCAACGAUCCCUUUUUUGGUGUUCUAAAUAAUUCAUCAAAUAAUACCAACAAUUUCAAUACAAUAAUUAACAAUUCUGAUUUUCGUUGGGGAGGAAAUGCUGCUGCUAAUUUUUUUGAUGGAAAUACAGCAAAUAUUGGGAGAAUUGCAACGGCAAGGAUUGGGGGGAAUUCGACUAAAGUUGAGGAAAAUUCUGGAUUAAAUCUCUCACUCCAAUCUUCAACUAAUUCAAAUAGUCAGUCAUCUACUACUACUACUAAUAAAACUUUAAACAUUCAAAAUGGAAGGAAUAACAAUAAUAGUAUGAUGUUGUCUGUUAAGGAGGAGGUGAAAGAUGUUGGAUUUUAA